GCUUGGUGUGUGUUGCGUAACCGUACUGCAGGUCCUCAGCGGCAGUCAGUCAGUGUCGGUCCACCUCCACUCAUCGGCUUACUUCUUCACAAUGGCAGCUCCCAAGAAAGUCUGCAUCAUUGGCUCUGGAAAUUGGGGUUCUGCCAUUGCCAAGAUAGUUGGUGCCAAUGCUGUUCAAAAGUCAACGUUUGACAGCACUGUCAAAAUGUGGGUGUUUGAGGAGACGGUGAACGGGCGCAAACUGACUGAAAUAAUCAACACUGACCAUGAAAAUGUGAAGUACCUCCCUGGGCACAAACUACCAACCAAUGUGCUGGCUGUCCCAGACCUGGUUGAGGCCUCCAGUGAUGCAGACAUUCUAGUGUUUGUGAUUCCACACCAGUUUGUUGCAAGAGUGUGCGACACCAUUAAGGGCAAGAUAAAGAGUGACGCCAUCGGAAUAUCUCUUAUCAAGGGAGUGGAUGAGGGGCCAGAUGGACUGAAACUUAUCUCAGAUGUGAUCCAGGAGAAACUCGGUAUCACCAUGAGUGUGCUGAUGGGGGCCAACAUUGCCAAUGAGGUUGCUGACGAGAAGUUUUGUGAGACCACCAUUGGAUGUAAGAAUAAAAACCACGGGGCUCUUCUAAAGGAACUCAUGCAGACCAACAACUUUAGAGUAACUGUAGUAGAAGAGUACGAUGUAGUGGAAAUCUGUGGAGCCUUAAAGAACAUUGUUGCAGUUGGGGCAGGUUUCUGUGACGGUCUGGGCUUUGGGGACAACACCAAGGCAGCAGUGAUCAGGCUGGGCCUGAUGGAGAUGAUCGCCUUUGCCCGCAUUUUCUGCACAGCCGGGCCUGUGUCUUCUGCAACAUUCCUGGAGAGCUGUGGCGUGGCUGACCUCAUUACAACCUGCUACGGUGGACGCAACCGCAAAGUAGCAGAAGCUUUUGUGAAGACGGGAAAGUCCAUUGAAGAGCUAGAGAAAGAGAUGCUGAACGGUCAGAAGCUGCAGGGACCAGCAACAGCAGCUGAGGUCUAUCUCAUCCUCAAGCACAAAAACCUAAUUGACAAGUUCCCACUGUUCAAUGCCGUGUAUCAGAUCUGCUAUCAGGGCCAUCCUGUCACAGAGUUCAUAAGCUGUUUGCAGAAUCAUCCGGAACACAUGUAACUCCUGCACACAGACCAUGUGCCUUCUAAAUGAAGAACAAAUAACCAUUAUUCACCUGUUACCUGCCAGAAAUAGAUCGGGAUGACCCGUCACUCCACAGCUGUGAUGCAAACUGAAAGGCUGAAGUCACUGAGUGGACAGGUUGCAUAACAUUUGUGUUUAAACUCUAGUUAACCUUUGUCCUCUAACAUUCAGUUUCUGACAUCAUUUAAGUGCUUUCUUUCCUUUCCUGACAUCAAUUGAAACUUGAAGGAUACCCGUUGGGAGAUGUUUCUUUCAUCCUGUGAUGGUAGAAAGAUGUUUUUGCCUUGACUUUUUUGUUUUCAUUGAAAUCAGAAUGCAUGGUGUUUCUUUCUACAUAAGCAGACCAAACUGAAACACAACAGAAAUCCAAACUUUGAUAAAUCUCUGAAAUGAUUGACAUCUAUUUUAUUCUAAGCUGAACUGCUGUUUAGUUUUAAAGUUUUUAUGGCACUACAUCAUGCAUUCAGAUUUCUGUAGGGCCAACCUCUCAGGGCAAAGACCUGUUGAAAGCCUUCUGUAGAGGAUAGCAUUGAUAUCUAACAUUUAUGUUGCCGUCCAGUUAAUGCCUGUCCAUUGACAAAAGUUGUUUAAUCAUAGAGUAAUACCUCACCUAUGUUGUCUUUGUAUGAUCAUAAGUGUCUUACAUAAUUCACUAAGAUAUUUCCUGUCUUGUACUGUAUAUUAACAAACUUUAAAAUGCACAGCAACUGUUUUUAACACGAGAAAUGCAAGUGCCUUAGAAUGCAUGGUUGCUAACUCUUGGCCAUUGUCUUUUUGUUUUGUUAUUUUUUGGGGGUCAAACCAAAGACUUGACUACUAAACAUCCGUCCACUAUGCCAUUUGUCAUUGUGACCUUGCCUGACCCUGUCUCAUAAUACGUUAUAGCUAACGUGUGUUUGAAGUCUGUGAAUAAAUAAAUUAAAGUCAUCAAUCAAU